AUGGUCGCUCCUACUCGCUCCACCAGCCCCAUUAAUCAUGCGCUCAUUAAUAUCUUUAUGAGCCAGCAAGCUAAGCGCAUCACAGUUACGUUGCUUCUACUAUGCAAACAAAUCGCUGCCGAAGCUCUCCCGUUGCUGUAUGCUCAGCCUACAUGGAAGGCGUCCUGUCGUCUCGAAGCACUCGCAAGUCAGAUAGGAACCGACAAUUUUGGCUUGAUCAAGCGCAUAUCUGUCGACGCGGAUGACCUCUCCUCGCUUAUUAGCAGUUUGAUCUUAGACAUACAGGAGAAUGAGCCGAAGUUGCGCUCUUCUCUCGUCCUACCUGGCGUUGAGCUCAAAACUGAACCAGGGUUUCAAGGUCGAAUAGACUCCAUGAUAGCAGAUUCGCCUGCCUCAGGGUUCGACCUAGGCGCAAGUCCUCCCAGAUCCAGGAGACUGAGGUUCUCGAACCUCGAAGCGCUAGAGGUCGAAGCAUACCAGACCAUAGCUCUCACUAAUCGUGGAAGUAGACGGACUCGAAAGGAGGCGCUCCGACUAUGCGACUUUGCCCGCCAGAUAUUAUUAUACCAUCCUGUCCUAAAUCAAUUGGUGCAGCAAGGUGGAUUUGGCCGAGGAGGGUCUGACGCGAUCGACCUUGAGAUGGGCCGUGUUCGAUGGCGAUUUCUUCGCAAUACGGGCAAGGAACGUCCUAGCAUGACUGUUCAUGAGCAUGAGGUUGACCUUGAUCAGCUGGAGGAUAUGCUGAGAGCCUUGAUUGAGAUGGAUGACGAGGAUGAGAUCAAUAGACGGCGAGAGAAAGAGGGCGUUGCUGGGUGGACAGAUGAGGGAUUUCGACAGUAUCCAUAUCUGUCAUCAUUGUGA